AACUUCUGUUGUGUUUUUGUCUUCAGUUCGUCUCAACAUGUGCACGUCCCGCAGACCCCGUGGCUAAGCCCCCAGCCAGGCCGAGCCAUGGGCGGCGGAGCCGGGUCCCGGUACUCCGGGCUGGACCUCGUGUUCUCCGUGGUGGGGCUGUGCACCUUCCUGCUGGACUGGGGCUCCGACCUGUGGGUGGCCGCAGAGUUCUACCGCCGCGGGGAGUGGGGCUGGUUCGGGCUGCUGCUCGGCCUCAUGGCGCUGUCCUCCGCCGUGGUCCAGAUGUUCAGCUGGUACUGGUUCCGCUACGACCGGGACCUGCCGGGGCCGGAGCAGCCCGCGGACCCCGCGGGGCCGCAGGCUGGGCUGUGCGGGGACCGAGUGUGGCUGUCCUGCCUGCUACACGUGCUGCAGCUGGGCUUCCUCUGCAGGCACCUCCGGGCCAUCCGGCAGGGCUUCAGGGUGUGGUGGCGGAGGGAGGAGGGCUCGGAGUACGCCGUCUACCUCACCCACGACCUGAGCAUGCUGCGGCUGAUCGAGACGUUCUGCGAGAGCGCCCCCCAGCUCAUCCUGAUGGUCUACGUCAUGCUGCGCACCAACAAGGCCCGCACCUUCCAGUUCGUGAGCAUGGCGGCGUCGACCACGUCCAUCGCCUGGAUGGUGGUGGACUACCACCGCUCCCUGCGCUCCUUCCUCCCGGACAAGGCCCAGCAGGGCUGGGGCUCCUCCCUGGUGUACUUCCUGUGGAACCUGCUGCUGAUCGGCCCGCGGCUGGCCGCCCUGGCCCUCUUCUCCUCGGUGCUCCCGGGCUUCAUCGCCGCCCACUUCCUGCUGCUGUGGCCCGCCCUGGUGCUGUGGGCGUGGCGCCAGAGGACGGAGUUCAUGGACAGCGCGGGCGGGGAGUGGCUGUACCGCGCCACCGUGGGGCUCAUCUGGUACUUCAGCUGGUUCAACGUGGCGGAGGGCUGCACGCGCGGCCGCAGCCUCAUCUACCACUCCUUCAUCAGCGCCGACGGGGGCGUGCUGCUGGCCACCUGGUGGUGCUACCGGGACCCGGUGCAGACGGAGGCGUACGCCGCCGGCACGCUGGGCGCCCUGGCGCUGGCCUACCUGCUGGGGCUGGGCCUCAAGGCGCUGUACUACUGCUGCUUCCACCCCAGGAUGUGGAGGCCCCCGGGGAGGGACCCGGGGGUCCCCCCGGGGGUCCCCCCCCACGACCAGCCCGACUCAGACGUGUCCUUCAGGAGCGUUUCCAUCCAAGACGACGCCACGUCUCCACAGCUGGUCAACCGGCGCAUGGUCUGCCACGCCGCGCACUUCUACUCCACGCCACAAGUGCUCGGACGCGGCAGCGGCGCCAGCAGGGCCCCGGCGCCGCGGGCUGGAGGGGUGGUGGUGUGA